GGUCAGUUCAUCAACCAUGAUGCUACGUGUUCUCAUCGGCGUGUGCCUUGUUGCUCUGGCAGUAUGUUUGGUACCAGAUGUUUAUAGAAGAAAACCGGCUCUCACAUGUUAUUCCUGUAACUACAAGAAUACUGCAUAUGGCAACGGUAAAUAUAGCACCACCUUCAGGGCGUGUGAGGAUCCGGCUAGAUUUGGUUAUCUGCUGGCAAAGGUGGAGUGCCACACGGCCUGCUUUGCAAGACACGACAAAAACGGAUUCAUCUACCGAGGCUGUUUUGGCGGGAAUCACGGAGUUGAUGCCAGCCUUGAUGGCUGCGGUAACCAGGCCGGUGCUAACUGGUGUUUUUGCCGCAGUCGUUUGUGCAACGACGAGAUCCCACACCCUACCUGUCCCUUGGCGGGAAUAGGUAGACGUCAUAAGCGUUGUAUGACGAAGCCACCUGUUUGCAGUGGUGUUCUAUGUUUGCUUGCCCUUGCAAAGUGAUUACCCUCACCCUGCGUCGCGACUUCUCUCGUUCUUCGGCUUGCAGAAUGUUCCACGUAAAUUUGGUUUUAAUCCCAAUUGUCGAUGACUGAAUUUUGAUUGUUACGAUUUGAAUUUUGGUGCAAACAAAAAUAAAGAAACAAAAUGCAA